UAUCAAAGCGACUCAAGUUAUUAUUUUUAAGAAAAUUAAAUACAUUUAAACUGAAAAUUGGAAAAAAGAACUAAGUUGGCAGAACUUUACCAACAUAAAUAAUGAAAAACAAUCGAUAGCAUCAAAAGUUCCAUAUCAAGAAAGAAGAAGCGCCGGCUUCAUGAUUUUAUAAAGUAGAAAAAAUUAAGAUUUUUAAAUAAAAUAAUAAAUUAUUUAACUUAGAAGCGAUCAUGCUGAAGCUGAAAUUGGAAGCAUUGGGACAUCCCACGCCAGCCGAUGUGUCUUUAAGCAAUCGCAAGGAAUUUGCUAGUACAAUUCUCUGGCUGGAGGAUCAGAAGAUUCGACUAUAUACAAUUGAAGACCGGGAAAAGCUGCGCAAUAUCGACAACCCCAAAAUGUGGGAAGAGGGGUACUUGAAAUACAAGGCUGAUUUAAACAUGCCCUCUUUGGAGUCUCAGCAGGAGGAACUGGCCUGGAUCCUCAGUCACGCUGUGCGUCUUGAGUUUCUUGACGAUCCAGAACAGUUUGCCUCGAUCAACAGCAAACAAAAUUCGGCCCAAACCAAUGGCAAGCAGACACAACAAAAGAUUCAAUCAAUUUUCGAUGGAAAAAUCAACGUUCAGGACAAGGCGUUUAUCGAUGGUGUUCGGCUGCUGGCCAGCAAACUAAACGUACCUCAUCAUCCCAACCACCUGCUGCAGUUGGAGGCUGUGGCACGGAUAGUGCACGAACGCCUCUCACCUGCCGCUAGGGGACGGCAGCCAAUCGUGGGAACUCCUUUUCCGUUUGAUAAAGGAAACGACAUAGUCUCAUCCAACGAUCCCGCCCUGGACCUGCCCAUGCGUAUCCUGCGACUGCUGCAGAUCCAGAGCCUUCGACAACUGCAGACUCACAUUAACGAGACGAUUGUAGCAGUUCAGAAUAUAACUGCCAAUCCAAAGACUGACACCAAGCUAGGAAAAGUGGGCCGCUAGUGCUCCAAGAACCCGACUAUCUAGGCGACAAAAAUUUACUUUAUUUUUUUUUUUUAUUUCUGUGCGAUUUUUAACAAAAAAAACUUAUGCAGGUCGCCACGAUUCUCCGAGGUCAUUAUAGAACUUGUAAUCAGAAGCCGAAUGAAACAAUAACACAAGAAUUUUUUUUAACAAAAUAUUUAUGCCAGCAACAAAUAGCAAAAAACGUUCUAAUUUAGUAUUGCAGCCAGUGAGAAUUCCGCAAGGAAAGCAAUCAAAUUUAGUAUGUCUAUACAAAUAUUUUUAGAUUUAAUUCUGUCCCAUUACAACUCAAAUAAAGUCUAACUAUUAUCGUCUAGCAAAAAAC